AUGUCUUUAAACUACAUUAAGAACUUUUACGAAGGAUGUCUCAGGCCUCCGACGGUGAUAGGCCAGUUCCACACCCUGUUCUUUGGUUCUGUUCGGAUGUUCUUUCUGGGCGUCUUGGGCUUUGCAGUGUAUGGCAAUGAAGCGCUCCAUUUCAGCUGCGAUCCAGACAGGAGGGAGUUAAACCUAUACUGUUACAACCAAUUUAGGCCUAUAACACCUCAGGUAUUCUGGGCAUUGCAGCUGGUAACUGUUUUAGUCCCUGGAGCUGUAUUUCAUCUCUAUGCUGCCUGUAAAAACAUUGACCAGGAGGAAAUCCUUCAGAGACCUAUAUACACCGUCUUCUACAUCAUCUCUGUUCUACUAAGAAUUAUUCUGGAAGUCAUCGCCUUUUGGUUGCAGAGCCAUCUCUUUGGUUUCCAGGUUCACCCACUCUACAUGUGUGAUGCCAGUGCCCUAGAAAAGACGUUCAACAUCACCAAAUGCAUGGUGCCGGAACACUUUGAAAAGACCAUAUUUUUAAGUGCAAUGUACACUUUCACUGUGAUUACGUUGCUGCUGUGUGUUGCUGAGAUAUUUGAGAUACUCUGUAGGAGAUUAGGUUAUUUGACCAAUCAAUGA